CGUCACGUAGCAACGCACCGCCAUGAAGCAAGUGCCCGAAAAAUAAUUUUGUUUUUAUUUAUAUUUUACCAGGUUAUGAAUCACUGAAGUAACCAAUUAUUACAUAAAAGAAGUUAAACAUGUCCCACAGUUUUUAUAACAAGCAGUGGACAGAGGCCCAGGCUGCCAUUGGAGAUCUUCUACAACAAGAACUCCCUCCAGAGCCUCCCAAACCAGAAAAGGAUCGUCUAGCUGCUUUCCAACUGCUGGCCACUAUGUACAUCAAGUACAUCCAAAUUUUUCGAAAACUGGAACAAUCUUAUGACCAAAUUGUACAUCCUCAGAAACGUCGUGUACUGAGACAUGUCCUUGAUGGAACCAUGGGGAGAAUUCUGGAAAUCAAAAAUGAAAUGGUCAACUUGGAGUUCUCUGAGUUCCAUUAUUUUGAUGAUGUUCUCUCUGAUUUAAAACUGACUCCAAGUGAUAUAGAGAUACCAAUUCCACAGUUUUUUAUAAACGAGCGUGCCAAAGCAUUGAAAGAACGCGAGAAACUGCUGGGUCAAAUUCUAGCCAAGAUGGGUCCCCAAGACAAAGACACUGGGAAAGAGGAGAUUAAAAUGUCAGUGGAUGAUGCUAUUAGGUUGAUUCAGAUCCAUGAAAGAGCAAGACAGGGAAGGCUGAGGGCUAAGUUUAUGAGAGAGAUCAGACAGCAAGAGGAACGCGAGAGAUUGCAGGCCAAUCGGGGAGCACCAACUCUUGACCCUGAAGUGGCUGCGAUCAGAAUUCAAAAGUUGUGGAAAGGUCUGGCUCAAAGACGUCGUACAAGACGUGAGCGAGAAGAGGAGAUGAUGUUUAUCGGGAUGAUUCCUCCUCCUUUACCCAGCCUAAAAAACCAACCACAGACUCUUGCGGCAAAAACUGAGGGAGCGAGAAGAGUAACGCAAGAUAUGCAUGAGCAGGAGUACCAACAGGCUCUGAUCACAAUUAAGGAUAAGAUACGUGAGACUGAAGGACCUGAUGUAAAGGAAAGCAUGCAAGAUCAGAUAAGACAAUGGUUUAUAGAAUGUCGAGAUGCCAGCGGAAAAUUCCCUGAAAUUCCUACAGAGGAAGAAGGGGGUUCUGCAGUGAUCUUUAAGGAAAAAGACCCUGCUGAAGUUGAGAAAGAACUGAAGGAAAAAGAGGAGGGGAAAGAUAAAAAAGGAAAGAAAGGUGGCAAAAAGAAAGAUAAGAAAGACAAGAAAAAGAAGGAUAAAAAAGGGAAGAAAGGAAAAAAAGAUGAUGAUGAGGAAGAAGAAGGCUGGAAGAUGGCGCCAUCUAACUUUGUCCCUGCAGUGAACGAGGCCACUGAUGCAUAUAAAACUGUGUGGCAGCCCAGAGAUGAGAGCGAGAACUUCAGUCAGAAACACGAUGCUGAGUUGAUCAAAGAGGAGAAACGUGUGGAGGUUGAGACUGAGAUUAGAAUACAAGUUGAUGAGCUCAUGAGAACAGAAUUAAAAAAUCUUAAAUUGGCUGUUGACCGUGAUAAGGGAAAGAAAAAAGGUAAAAAAUCUGGCAAGAAGAAGAAAAAGAAGAAGUCGGGAAAGAAGAAGGGAAAGAAAGGGAAAAGAGAAAAAGAUUUAACACCAGACAGAACAAUUGAGUCACUUUAUGAAGAACUGGUCACAGAAGGAAUCAUAGUGCGAUGUCCCAAGGUCAUGCUAGAGGAAUACGAAGGAGAAUAUGCAUAUCUGGGUACUACCUUACGUCAAGCUAACAUUGAACCUAUGCCGUCACUUAGUGAUGUCAGGCGACUUGUUACAGAAUUUGCUAUGUUACCCCUAGGUUCCCCUGCAGUCCAUGAGAAAGCACCUCUGGUUAAGUCAGUGUUAUUAGCUGGUCCAAGAGGGACUGGAAAAAGGAUGCUGGUUCAUGCGAUGUGUACUGAGACAGGAGCUAAUUUAUUUGACCUAACAGCUGCUAACCUUGCUGGCAAAUAUCCCGGAAAAGAUGGCUUAAAAUUAAUGGUUCACAUGAUAUUCAAGGUGGCUCGUGCCCUUCAGCCAUCUAUCUUCUAUAUUAAUGACUGUCAUAUGAUGUUUAAGAAAAAAGUCCCCAAAACAGAUACAACUGAUCCAAAAAGAUUAAAAAAAGAGUUACCAAAAGCUCUGAAAACAAUAAAACCCGAAGAUCGUAUUGUGCUAGUGGGAACAACAAGAUCACCGUUUGAUGCAGAGAUGAAACCAUUGGCCAGUUGCUAUCAGAAAAUUAUUCUCAUCCCCAGACCAGAUUAUGCUUCAAGACAUUUAAUCUGGCGUAAACUGAUCACAAAAUUCAAUGGUAUCAUCUCCAACUCCCUGGACAUCAGCUCAUUAGCAAAGGUCACAGAUGGCUAUACACCUGGCCACAUGGUGACUGCAUGCACACAAGUAUUGACAGAAAGAAGGGUGGCCCAGUUGAACAAGAAACCACUGGGAGCUGUUGAGUUUAUUGCCCCACUUGCACGAGUGGACCCGAUAUAUAAAGAGGAGGAAGAGGCUUAUAAGACGUGGUACCAGAAGACACCACUUGGCAAGAAGCGUGCCAAGGCAGCACAAGGUGACGAUGAUGAUGGAAAGGGAAAGAAAGGAAAAGGUGGAAAGAAAGGAAAGAAAGGAAAGAAGAAGAAAUAAAAAGGACUAAUAUGGAUUUAAACCAUUAUGUAUUAUAUUUAAAACAAGAGGAAUUAUUGAUGUGGUCAAAGACUGCUAAUGCUAUAUAAAGAUUUAAUAAUAAGUUGUGAUAUGACAAACAUCCGUCCAAAGUCAUUUGUACAGGUAUACAUGCUUUAAAAACAUAUUAAACAUACAUGCAACACUUAUUUAUACUUAUCUUAGUCCGUCCUAAUGAAUCCUGCUAAUAAAUAUUGUUAAACUUAUAAAGUGUACAAAAUAGACAAAAUAAAUAAACAUUGUUAA